AUGGUUCCUUUCCUGCUCCCCAAGUAUCAGCAGAAGGAGCAGGUCACCACGGAGGAAAUGCUGCACGUCGUGCAUAAUGAUUACUGUGAGCACUUCCCUCUGAUCUUUAGGGAACUCUGCCAGUGUGUAUGUCUGUGCUUUGGCAUUGAGAUGAGGGAAGUGGGUGCCCCUGGACACACAUAUGAGCUUCUCCCCAUCCUGGGCCUCACUUUUCAUGGGAUCCUGGAUGAUGAUGUCCAGAUCAUUCCCAAAGGGAAACUCCUGAUGGGCAUCCUGAGUGUCAUCAUGGUGAAGGGCAGCCGUGUCAGUGAGGAGGACCUAAGGGCACUGCUGAGAGAUCGGAAGCUCUUAAGUGAGAGGGAGCACGUUAUGAUCGGGGAUCCCUGGAAGUUCACCACAGAGGAUUUGGUGCGGGAAGAGUACCUGGUGUACCAGCAGGUUCCUAAUAGUGCUCCUGCUCGCUGUGAGUUGCUGUGGGGGCCAAGGGCCCGGGCGGAAACCACCCCCAUCAAAGUCCUGAAUCACUUGUUCAGUCUUCAUAGGAUAGAUCCCAGGUCUUACCCCCAUCUGUACGAGCAGGCUUUGAGAGAGGAAGAAGGUCUGUUUGAGGCCUUUGAGGGUGAAGAUGUGUGA